CUAUCUGCCAGCAAUUUCCGCGCUGGAUUAGUCCUCUGCUAUUAUAUAACAACAGAAACUAAACGGGAACGGGAGGUGGAGGGGGUGGAGCAUUUGCUGCUGUCACCAGCGCACACUUUAACUUCUCCUGUCCCCCCUUGCUGCACAGCUGGUCCAAGAUUUGUCCUGCAGUGUCCUUUCCUCAUCCAGAUGCUGUGAUCCUGUUCUGAGUAACACUCCAGCAGGCAAGAUGCUGUGGAUGGUGUGGCCAGCACCCUCUGCCAAAGCACUGAGCAGGCUGCAGAGUCUGGAAACACACCUGAAAAGUAUUUGUCUGCAAUAUCAGCUGCAUCUGCUUGUGAACAGCCACUUCUUUUACACUUUAAAGAAUGAGAUGGCACGAAUCAUCUUCUUCCUAUGUGCUUAUAUACUAAAGACAGCAGCAGGUCAUUGCAAGUGGGCAGAAGUUCUGAAAGAUUUGGAGCAGAUCAAGACAUCCAAGGACAUUGAUGUCAGUUUAUACACUGCAAACACAGAUGAGGAUAAAGAAUGCCAAGAACCUGUCAUGAGGUGCUUCUUCUUAGAGACAGAAGUAAUCCUGCAGGAAUGCCUUAUCAAAAACUGUAGUAAGACCCAGGAUGUACGGAACAUAUGGAAAAAUGGCAAUGCCAGCUUAGAGAACAGCAAGCUGAAUUCCACCAUAUCCUCAAAAUGCAAAGAAUGUGAAGAGUAUGAAGAAAAAAAUUUUACAGAGUUUAUACAGAGUUUUGUAAAGGUUAUCCAGAAGGAAUGCAAACACUGACCAGCAGACCAGAAUUCUUCCAUGCAUAUCCUCUGAGAAAUAGGAUUAUUGCCAGCAGUAAUCUGGAAAGAACAUCACUCAGAAUCCUACCCAUAUAGCAUAACAUGCAAACAAAGAAUAGAAUCCCUCUAACUCACACAGUACUCACAACUGAGUACACAAAUAAUAUUACUUAUGAAGUAAAAAUGAAAGGAAUUUAAGAGGAUUUAAAGCUUCUUCUAGACUUAAAAGUAUCUUUUGGUAAUGCCACUGGAAAAGAAAUCCUGUCUAACUUCCCAACCUUUCAAGAGAACGAAGAAGAUCUGAAGAUCUCAGGGUAUCUGCAGUGAGGCUCUCCUCAGGAACAUCAAUUCAGGGCUGACUGAAUGGAGUUUCAGAGAAAAGGUCUUCUUGCAUUAUUGUUAAUUUCAAAUUAUCAUACUCUCUUAAAACACUUUUUUCUCCUUAAAAUUCUACAAGGGGACACAGUCUCAAGUUGUGCCAGGGGAGGUCUAGGCUGGAUGUUAGGAGGAAGUUGUUGGCAGAGAGAGUGAUUGGCAUUGAAAUGGGCUGCCCAGGGAAGUGGUGGAGUCACCGUGCCUGGAGGUGUUCAAGAAAAGAGUGGAUGAGGCACUUAGUGCCAUGAUCCAGUUGAUUGGCCAGGGCUGGAUGCUAGGUUGGACUGGCUGAGCUUGGAGGUCUCUUCCAACCUGCUUGAUUCUCUGAUUUUAUAUGACUGGGACUUCCAAUAUAUGACAGGUUAACUUCUUUAUCCUUAGAAUUCUCUGCCAUCUAGGUGGGAAAGGAAUCCAGCAGGGUCUUAAGGAGACUUGAAUUCUCCAGCAUAUAGCACUGUAAACAAGAUGUGGAGCUGAGACUUUGCUGGUCCCCUUCUUCUGUUGCUGGUUGCCUGGCAGAAGAGCCCAACCCCACCUGGCUACAGCCUCCCUUCAGGUAGCUGCAGACAGCAAUGAGCUCUGCCCUGAGCCUCCUCUUCUGCAGGCUGCACACCCCCAGCUCCCUCAGCCUCUCCUCACAGGGCUGUGCUCCAGGCCCCUCACCAGCUUUGGCGCCCUCCUGUGGACACCUUCCAGCACCUCAACAUCUCUCUUGAAUAAAAAUAUUCUCUUUUAAAUAUAAAA